GAUGACAGCAACGUGGCCCAAGUUAACGUUAAGGUCUCCGUCUCUACACUUCCCACCAACUGAUCCACUUUCAAAAAUCUCUCCCGCAAACUUUGCUCUUUUUUCUUAACCGCUCCACCUUCUUAAUUCUUGUUGAAAUAAAAAACCAAGAAAACGCACACCCACAUUUAAAUUCCACAUACUCCAUUUUUCUUGUUCACUAUCCAUUUUCUUUCUCUAAAAUGGGUAAAGAAUCUGAUACCGUCAAAUCCCAGUUGGUGUUGGAAAUUUGCUCUCUGUCCACCCGCUCCAUUUCUUGUUCUCAUAGGCAUAAUUUUAGGCCUGUUAAGUCUCAUUUCAUCGACUGGUAUCGCCUGCUCGGAGUAGAGGAAGAUGCAGAGAUGGAUGUUAUACGAAAGCGGUAUCAUAAACUGGCUCUGCAGCUUCAUCCAGAUAAGAACAAGCACCCCAAGGCUGAGAUUGCCUUUAAGCUUGUCUUGGAGUUGCAGGCUUAUUCGUGCAUCUCUGACAAUGUAAAGAGACAAGCCUUCAACCUGGAGAGAUGGAAACACUUGUGCAAUGAGUGCAAUAGAGGCCCAUACAUGCGCUGCAAUUCCUCGACCAACUUAUAUAAUACAUCAAAACUUCAGGGAUGGAAUCCUGCAAACCAUUCAAGAUCAGGCAGAAUUCUGCAGGAUCUGAAAGACAUCAAAGAAAGAUUCAAAGAGGAAGCCAAGGUGAUGGAGAACUGUUUGAAGGCUAAUGCCGCUUUAAGGAAAGGAUCCCCACUGUUCAAUACAUCUGACCACCCAUACCAGAGCAACACUCGGUGCAGGUCACGAAGAGAGUCCCCAAUUUUUGAUCCAACCGACUAUAUAUUUGAAGGCUACCCUCACACCAGGAACCGAAUAUACAAGAAACCUGAGGACGUUUGUUAUUCAAAGAAACGAAAUUCAUCAAAUUAUGACCAAGAAACAGCAUAUGAUUCUCCAAUCUUUGAGAACAGACCACACAGAGAAAUGUUUAAGGCCAAAUCUACUUGUGUUGGUUCAUAAACCAGAACAAAGUGUAUGCUGAGACUUUUGUGAUGUCUGUCAAGGGAAAACUCUUCCGUAUUUUUUAUCAUUUCGAAUUGUCAGUGGCAUGGCAUCACCAAAGAAUCAAAUAUUGUUCAGAUGCCAUCAUGAUUUUAUAACCAGGACAGAAUCAAGGCUUUUAAGGAAGUCUCAGUACCAGAGAACCCAGGAUAGGUAACAGAGAAACUAUAAUGUAGGAAGUUUUGUUGUUGCAAAAAUGUUGCAUAAUAAAUGAUGGUCUCAUUUUUUGCA